ACCUGAGCGAGUGUGGUCUGAAGCCACGGCCGUGCAAACACAGGUGCAUGAACACAUACGGCAGCUACAAGUGCUACUGCCUCAAUGGCUACAUGCUGAUGCCUGACGGGACCUGUGGAAAUACCCGUACCUGUGGCAUGGCCAACUGCCAGUACGGCUGUGAGGUGCUGAAGGGAGAGGUGCGCUGCCAGUGCCCGUCGCCAGGGCUUCAGCUGGCGCCGGAUGGAAGAACCUGUGUGGAUGUGGACGAGUGUGCAACCGGCAUGGCCAUGUGUCCCCGGUUCCGUAAGUGCAUCAACACCUUCGGGAGUUACAUCUGCAAGUGUCACGAGGGCUUCGACCUGCAAUACAUCAACGGGAAGUACCAGUGCGUAGAUGUGGAUGAGUGCUUCUCAGGCCAAAACCACUGCAACAGUUUCGCCACCUGCUAUAACACGCCUGGCUCCUACAAGUGCAAGUGCAAAGACGGCUACAGGGGGAUGGGCCACGACUGUAAAC